CACAAGCGAAUGCGCGGGCGGCGGGGAGGUGCGUGUGCCCGCGUAAGUCACAGUGCUGAAGUGGAGCUUUCACUGCCGCUGCACGGGCUUGUAGCGCUUGAGGUUCGCGCUGCUGCUCUCUUUCUCAGUGAGGAAACCCCUUUGGUGUCACCAGGGCGGUCACUGCUGAGACGGAUCAGGACAUGGCUGAAUGUGCCAGGAUUUGUUGAAAGGAACCAAAAUCACAUUUAACUCUGCUGGUUUUAGUAAGGAAUUAACCCUGCUCUUUCAAUAUGUUCCACUUUUUAAAAGAUAAGGAGAAAGACAAAGAUGUUUCCAAAAAAGAGAAAAAGGAGAAGAAGAAAGAGAGGAUGUCUGCUGCAGAACUAAAGAGUCUGGAGGAAAUGAGAUUGCGCAGAGGGUUUUUUAAUUUGAACCGCUCUUCCAAACGGGAGUCAAAAAACAAACUGGAAAUUUCUAAUCCCAUUCCAAUUAAAGUGGCCAGUAGCAGUGACCUCAACCUGACAGAUAUCGAUUCAGACUCUGUCAGCAAUCGAGGAAGCAUCAUUUUGGAUUCUGGGCAGCUCAGUACUGCCAGCUCUAGUGAUGACCUCAAGGGAGAAGAUGGCGUAUUCAAAGUUUCAGUUCUUCAGCGAGCAGCCAAAUUUGGCUCCCUUGCUAAGCAGAAUUCACAAGUUGCCCAGAUGGUAAAGAGGUUUUCUUUUUCCCAGAAAAGUAAAGAUGAUAGUCCAUCUGAGCCCUCCACGCCUUCAGAACAUUCUGCAGCACCAUCUCCUCAGGUAGAAGUCAGAACUUUUGAAAGCCAGGUAGUGAAACAAAAUCUUCCAGACCUUCACACAAAAGCUGUUUCUCAAAUGGUGCCUGAUGUGAAGAUCCCUGAAAUAGUGAGCAAAACAUUUAGUGCUGAUUUGAGGUUACCUCCCUUGGUUCCGCCUCAGCCACCUGAGCCAAGAGAGUUGGAGCUACAGAGGAGGACAACCGGGGAUUUUGGCUUCUCUCUGCGGAGGACUACUAUGCUUGACCGGGGAGCAGAUGGACAGGUAUACCGCAGAGUGGUGCACUUUGCUGAGCCUGGUGCUGGUACCAAAGAUCUUGCACUGGGACUAGUGCCUGGGGAUAGACUGGUUGAGAUUAAUGGUAAAAAUGUGGAAAAUAAAACCAGAGAUGAAAUUGUGGAAAUGAUCCGUCAGUCUGGGGAUACUGUACGAUUAAAGGUGCAGCCUAUUUUGGAACUAAGUGAACUGAGUCACCGUUGGUUAAGGAGCAGUGCUGGACUACGCAAAGAGUCUUUUGAUGUGAAAACAGAGGAGCAAAUUGCUGCAGAGCAGGCCUGGUAUGAAACCGAUAAAGUGUGGCUGGUCCAUAAGGAUGGCUUCUCGUUGGCAUCACAACUCAAAGCUGAUAAUGAGAGCUUGCCAGAAGGCAAAGUGAAAAUAAAACUGGACAGUAAUGGGACAAUACUGGAUGUGGAUGAAGAGGAUGUGGAAAAGGCAAACCCUCCAUCAUUUGACCGGUCAGAAGACCUGGCAUCUUUGUUGUAUCUCAAUGAAUCCAGUGUACUUCACACAUUACGCCAGCGUUAUGGAGGAAACCUGAUUCACACAUUUGCAGGACCAAAUAUGGUUGUCAUUAACCCACUUAGUUCUCCAUCGAUGUACUCUGAGAAGGUAAUGCACAUGUUUAAAGGCUGCCGGAAGGAAGAUUCCUCUCCUCACAUCUACUCAGUCGCACAGACGGCUUACCGUAACAUGCUCAUGAAUCGCCAAGAUCAGUCUAUUGUUCUGCUAGGAAGCAGUGGCAGUGGUAAAACCACCAACAGUCAGCACCUCGUUCAGUACCUGGUCACCAUCGCAGGCAACACCAGCAAGAUCUUUUCUGUUGAGAAGUGGCAGGCUGCAUACACGAUCUUGGAGGCAUUCGGUAACAGCACCACCUGUAUGAAUGGAAAUGCUACUCGUUUCUCUCAAAUCAUCUCCCUUGAUUUUGACCAAGCUGGACAGGUAGCUUCAGCUUCAGUGCAGACUAUGUUGUUGGAGAAGGUGAGAGUAAUAAGGCGCCCAGAAAAUGAGGCAACAUUCAAUGUGUUUUAUUAUCUCCUGGCUGCUACUGACAAUGCCCUGAGAACCGAGCUUCACUUUAACCACUUGGCGGAGAAUAAUGUAUUCGGCAUCGCUCCACUGUCCAAGCCUGAAGAGAAGCAGAAGGCAGCUCAGCAGUUUGGAAAGCUUCAGGCUGCUAUGAAAGUUCUUGGGAUCUCUGCUGAUGAACAGAAAGCAUUUUGGCUCAUACUGGGAGCCAUAUGUCAUUUAGGUGCAGCAGGAGCUACAAAAGAAGCUGACGAAGCUGGGAGGAAGCAGUUUGCCCGUCACGAGUGGGCCCAGAAAGCAGCUUACCUAUUGGGCUGCAGCUUGGAAGAACUUUCAUCAUCCAUCUUCAAACAUCAGCCUAAGAGUGGCAUGCAGCGAUCAACAUCUUUCAGGAAAGGGCCAGAUGAAUUUGGACAGGGAGACAGCUCAGGACCAAAAAUAAGUGCACUGGAGUGCCUGGAAGGCAUGGCAUCUGCAUUGUAUGCUGAACUGUUCACACUCCUCAUCUCAUUGAUUAACAGGUGUCUGAAAUCUAGCCAACACUCAUUUUAUUCUAUAAUGAUUGUUGAUACACCUGGAUACCAGAAUCCAAAAUUGGCAAACCAAGGCAGAGGAGCAACCUUUGAAGAUCUGAGCCACAACUAUGCCCAGGAGCGCCUGCAGUCUCUCUUUCAUGAGAGGACAUUUGUUCAGGAACUGGACAGUUAUAAGGAGGAGAAUAUAGAGCUUGCAUUAGAUGACAUAGACUCCAGUACUUCUCUCUCUGUAGCAGCUGUAGAUCAAGCUUCACACCAGGCUCUGGUACGCACAUUGGCCCGGACAGAUGAAGCCCGGGGACUUCUCUGGUUGCUUGAAGAAGAAGCAUUGCAACCUGGUGGUAAUGAAGAUAGUCUUCUGGAGCGGCUUUUCAGUUAUUAUGGCCCACUGGAAGGGGAUAAGAAAGAUCAGAGCCCACUGCUUAAAAGCAGUAGAACACAUCACUUCUUUUUGGGGCACAGCUUUGGAACCAAUUGGGUGGAAUACAAUGCAUCAGGCUGGUUGAACUAUGCCAAACAGAACCCGGCAUCACAGAAUGCUGCAGCACUUUUGCAGGAUUCACAAAAGAAAAUAAUCAGCAGCCUGUUUUCAGGCCGUGUUGGCACAGCUACGGUACUGUCUGGCUCUAUUGCUGGUCUUGAAGGUGGGUCCCAACUUGCCCUGAGACGUGCAACCAGUAUGAGAAAAACCUUCACAACUGGAGUCGCAGCUGUCAAGAAGAAGUCUCUCUGUAUUCAGAUUAAGCUACAAGUGGAUGCCCUGAUUGACAUUAUUAAGAAGUCACGUAUCCAUUUUGUCCAUUGUUUCCUCCCAAAAUCUGAAGGCUGUAGUAUGGACAGCAGGAUUCCCUCUGGCCUUACUCCCAAAAUGUCAACCAGUGAGGUGGAUCUCCAUGGGGAGCACUGCGACUCAGGACUUAUGCAGCUGGACAUUCCUUUACUAAGGGCCCAACUCCGAGGAUCCAAGCUACUUGAUGCUCUGAGGGUGUAUCGCCAAGGUUACCCAGGUCACAUGGUUUUCUCUGAGUUCAGACGCCGAUUUGAUGUCUUGGCUCCACAUUUAACCAAGAAGCAUGGACGUAACUAUAUUGUCACAGAUGAAAAACGAGCAGUGGAAGAACUUCUGGAGUGCCUGGAUCUGGAAAAAAGCAGCUACCAUAUGGGCCUUAGCAGAGUAUUUUUCAGAGCUGGUGUUUUAGCAAAGUUGGAAGAACAGAGGGACGAAACAACAAAAAAGCACAUUACACUUUUCCAGGCUGCUUGUAGGGGAUACCUGGCCAGACAGCGCUUCAAAAAGCGAAAGAUUCAAGAGCGGGCCAUCCGUUGUAUUCAGAAGAACAUUGUCAAGAACAAGGGGGUGAAGGACUGGCCCUGGUGGAAGCUUUUCACUACUGUGCGACCACUUAUUCAAGUUCAGCUAACAGAAGAACAGAUACGAGGCAAAGAUGAGGAAAUUCAGCAGCUGCGUGGUAAGCUGGAUAAAAUAGAGAAAGAGCGAAAUGAGCUUCGCUUGCAAAAUGACCGUCUAGAGAGCAGGCUCACAGAACUUAACUCUGAGCUCACUGAUGAGAGAAACUCUGUGGAGUCAGCCACCCAGCUUUUAGAAACUGAGACUGCAGAGAGACUUAGGGUUGAAAAGGAAAUGAAAGAUCUCCAGGUAAAGUUUGACACCAUAAAGAAACAGAUGGAUUCCAUGGAGAUGGAGGUUAUGGAGGCCCGACUCAUUAGAGCAGCAGAUCUCAAUGGGGAGCUUGACGAUGACGACUCUGGUGGAGAGUGGCGUAUGAAGUAUGAACGUGCAGUUCGUGAGACUGAAUUCACAAAGAAACGCCUGCAGCAACAGUUUGAAGAUAAAUUAGAAGUAGAACAGCAGAACAAGCGACAGCAGGACAGAAAACUAACUGAUCUUCAGGCAGACAAUGAUGAGCUUCAACGUAGCCUUCAACUGGUGAAGAAGAAAUGCCAAAGGCUGACAGCAGAGCUUCAGGACACCAAACUACACCUAGAAGGGCAACAGGGACGGAACCAUGAGCUGGAGAAGAAACAGCGAAAGUUUGACAGUGAGCUUUCACAGGCUCAAGAUGAAGUGCACAGAGAAAAGCUUCAGAGGGAAAAGCUCAGCAGGGAAAAGGAUACAUUGACAUCAGAAGUGUUCACUCUGAAGCAGCAGCUGGAGGAGAAGGACUCGGACAUGGCUCUUCUUGUCCAGAAAGUGGACCAACUAGAAGCAGAGCUGCAGGACAUGUCUUCACAUGAAUCCAAGGACGAGUCAUCUCUGGCCAAGGUCAAGAAACAACUGCGUGAUCUGGAGGCAAAGGUCAAGGACCAGGAAGAGGAACUUGAUGAACAGGCUGGAACCAUUCAGAUGCUAGAGCAGGCAAAACUACGUUUGGAGAUGGAAAUGGAGAGACUGAAGCACACACACUCCAAGGAACUUGAAAACAAAGAUGAAGAGGUAGAAGAAGUCAGGCAGUCUUGCCAGAAAAAGCUAAAACAGAUGGAAGUACAGCUGGAAGAGGAAUAUGAAAGCAAACAGAAAAUCCUCCGUGAGAAGAGGGACCUUGAGAACAAGUUAGCUACAGUUAGCGAACAGGUCAGUCAGCAUGACUUUGAGACAGAGAAGCGGCUGAAGAAAGACCUGAAGCGGACAAAAGCGCUCCUGGCAGAUGCACAGAUUAUGCUGGAUCAUUUGAAGAACAAUGCACCAAGCAAGAGGGAGAUUGCUCAACUCAAAAAUCAGCUGGAGGAAUCUGAAUUCACCUGUGCUGCAGCAGUGAAGGCACGUAAAUCCAUGGAAGUAGAAAUUGAAGAUCUCCACAUACAAAUGGAGGACCUCUCCAAAGCAAAGACAGCGCUGGAAGAACAGGUCAGUCGUCUACAGCGGGAGAAGAAUGAUUUGCAGAGUCGACUAGAGGAGGAGCAGGAGGACAUGAAUGAACUGAUGAAGAAGCACAAGGCGUCUGUAGCACAGUCAUCCAGAGACCUGACUCAGAUCAGUGACUUGCAGGCACAGCUGGAAGAAGUCAACAAGGAGAAGCAAGAAAUUCAAGAAAAGUUACAGGCACUACAGUCCCAGUUAGAGUUCAUGGAGCAAUCCACAGUAGAAAAAUCUCUUGUCAGCAGACAGGAAGCCAAAAUUCGUGAACUGGAAACCAAACUGGAAUUUGAAAGAACCCAGGUGAAACGUUUGGAGAGCUUAGUUAGUCGUCUGAAGGAAAACCUGGAGAAGUUGACAGAAGAGAGAGAUCAGAGAGGUGCUGCAGAAGAUCGAGAAAAGGAGCAGAAUAAGAGGUUGCAGCGUCAGUUGCGGGAUGUCAAGGAGGAGAUGGGUGAAAUUAGUAAGAAGGAAGCAGAAGCAAGUCGGAAGAAACAUGAGCUGGAAAUGGAUAUUGAAAGCUUGGAAGCAGCUAAUCAGAGUCUGCAGGCAGAUUUGAAGCUGGCCUUUAAGAGAAUCGGAGACUUACAGGCAGCUAUUGAAGAUGAAAUUGAAAGUGAUGACAAUGAAGACCUCAUUAACAGUUUGCAGGACAUGGUGACAAAGUAUCAGAAACGAAAGAAUAAAACUGAGGGUGACUCUGACACAGAUUCCGAAAUUGAAGAUCGUGUUGAUGGGGUCAAGUCAUGGCUGUCUAAAAACAAAAGCUCAUCAAAGAAUUUUUCUGAUGAUGGCAGUUUGAAGAGUUUCAGGUUUGGGGCAAAUGUAGAUGCAAAAGAUGAAAAGGAGGGAAAGAACUGGAAGGAAGGAAAGGAGGUGAAGGAAGUAGAAGAGAGUAGACCUGUCUCUGUAAUGAGUUCUCUCAGCUACAGGAAGCGAGUGAGCCUCAAGGAUUCGAUAGGUGGCAAAGGGGAUGAAGACUCCCUGUUUUCUACACUGAAAGAACGGGCAGAUUCCCCCGAAAGAUGCUACAGAAAGUCCAAGAAAAAUUCCAGUGCAGAUAACCUGGAUGAUACUCUUUCUGUGAGCUCCUGGAGGAAGAGUCAAGGCAGUGGUGGUGGUGAUUUAGAUGAUCGAGGAUCUGUUGUAUCUCAAGCUUUCUCCGAGGCCAACAGUAGAGCUAGGAAAGGAUUAGAUAAAAGGUGGAACAUUGCUAAUUCUGACUUUGACAAAGCUUCUACCAUCUCAGUCCCUGUUAGUCGAGCUUCUGCAUGGCGGGGCUUUGAAGCUGAUGAUGAUGUCAAAUCUUCUGUGAGUUUUGCCUUAUCGAGUCCUGGAAGUGUAAGGCGCAGUGUAUCGCGGCUUGAUGAUGAUGGUCUGAGUAGCUAUAGUCCAGUCAGUCCUUCACUUAGCCGAAAGUCAGAGUUCAUUAUGCAGAGCCCACCUUUGUCUAACCGUACAGAUUCAAGGAUAUCCCUUUCAAGAAGUCGCUUAAAUGAAUUAGAUGAUGAUAGUGCUAGUGUAGCUCUGAGUGAUACUAGGUCUGCAUAUAGUCAGCAUUCCACUGGUCGUAGUUUUUCAGUUCCCCCAAGACCUAGAACAUCAGCAUCUGAUGAAGGCUUUCCAGAGAACCCUGAUAUUAAACCUGUUGGCCACCGUAAUUAUUUGGACCCAGACUUGGAAGCUGCAAUCAAUGAAGUCUUGAACUAUAAACCUAUAGUGUUUAAAAGAAAGAGUUUGGAACAAGACUCAGAAGAAGAAGACGACAGACAAAGUGUGAGAAGCAUGAAGAGUCUUCAGCAACAUGGGGAAGGCCAUACCACUAGCCUUCGUAGGUCUGCCUCAGCUGUGGACUUCUCUAGACCGCAGAAUCGGAAGAGUAGAAGUAAGAAGAAGAAAAGUUUGGAGCUAGAAGACUCUUCACACGAAAGUCACAGAAAGAGGAGCUCAAAGAAGCGCUCAAAGAAGUCCAAAAAGUCCAAAAAGAGAACUACCAACUCUGACUCUUCCUCUUCCUCCUCCUCCUCAUCAUCAUCAGAGUCAGAAUCAUCCUCAUCAUCCUCAUCAGGCUCCACAGUGUCUUAUCGAAGCCAUGGCAGCAUAAAGAAAGCUCCUAGAAGGGGACACUCAGGAUCUGAAGAUGAGGAUGCACGAGGCAGCAUGACAGAGAAAAAAAGUGAACGGAAAACCAAAAAGGAAGACAAGAAAAAUAAGCAGAAAGUGGACAGUGUGAUGAUGAAGUACCUGUACAGGCCAGAAAGUGAUUAACAUGACAGCCCCCCAUCGUAUCGUAAAAAUAUAAGCCUUUCCAAAUCAGAUGAGGAGCAAGAUGACGAUGAUUCCACAUAUAAGCCAAAAUAUUCAAGCCGAUCUUUCUUGAGUGAUAGUGACACUGAAU